UUUGAGUUGUUAGUAACUUGCCGAUUGUGUUUGACAGAAGUGACGCGCGUUUGUUUUUCUUUAAAUCGGCAGUUGCAUUGUUAAGUUGCUCGUCGUAGUACGGUGCGUUCCUAGAGUAUUUCGCCAAUACGAAUAACCCGUUGCGCAUUACGUAAGUAGCGUAAACGAAGGAAACAGAGCGUCAUGACAGAAGAUAUUGUAGAUUCUGUGAUUAGAUAUGGGCUAUAUUUCGGUGCAGUGUUUCAGUUAGUAUGCAUUGCUGCUGCUGUUAUUAUGCCUGACAGUACGGGGGAUACAAAUUCGGUAUUGAAGGAUUUAGAAAUGAGUGAUGAUGAAGGCUCUGAGCACAGCACUCCACAGGCAACUCCACGGAGGCCACAUAUUCACCAUCGACCACGAAAACAGGAGAAGAAGAAACGCCGAUGAGCAAAAUUUAUGGGAGUUCCUUCUUAACAAUUAAUGAACAGUAUUAAAUAAAACUGAAUCUCUUAUGAAUGAUCUAGUAAAGAGUUCAGGGAUAGGAGUGAAUUACUUUCUAAUUUUGUGCAAAGGGGAAUGAGAUCACCACGAAACCAAAAAUCAGAGGUAUACACCAUUUACUCUCAUUUCAUUUCUUCCUUUCUGUACAGGUUGUAAGGCCACUUCUGCUUUGUUCAUCUGUCAUAAAAUAAGUAUGCAGCUUUUUAUUAAAUGUGUGUUCAGUACAUAUCAUGUUAUUCUAAGCGAUAGUUGAAAUCAACAAAAAUGUAGAACUUCUCUUAUCCAUCUGUGUUUUUUCUUGUUAAUUUAAAUAUCUGUUAAUUUAUAUAUCCGUGGCAAGACAGAAGCAUGAAUUUGUACUUUUUCUGACAAUGUACAUGACUUGAGAUCAUGAUAUUAUUUUAAAAUAAAAUCAGGAUGUUUUCUGAAUCACAAAAAAAUCCAGAGGAAAUAAAAAAAACGCGGAACAUGACUGGAAUUUCAGUUGCAGAUAUUCUAUUAAUUUAUUUGGACAAAAAAGGAGAUUGAUUGCAUUAUUCCACAUAAACUUAAAUUUCAGUACAAAUGUUACAUGUUUUGAGCUAUCUUAGUUUGAUGAAGUAGUCAUUGGCACAUGGCCAUUACUCUUGAGUUGUAUUUAUUUUCUCUAGAAAUUUAUUGUCAUUCCUUGACAGAUAAUGUUAAUAUACAUAAAUAAGGUUAACAACAUUAGUUACUAGAUUUGUGAGAGAUUUCAUGGUUUAUAACUUAAGGCUUUUUCCCCUAGUCUGCCCAUCAUGUGGUAUUGUGACUAUUUAAAAAAAACUAUUUACACGUUUGUUGUAACCUGGUCUUGUUAGAGGAAACUCAGCUUAGCUUCUGAUAUGCCCUACAUAUCAGCUUAGUUUCUGUUAUGCCCUAGAUAAUAUGUUCAUUGCAGUAACAUUCAUUGGUUUUUCUUCCUCCGCUGUGAAAUUUAAUGCAGUAUACUUUCCAAAAAUGGAGAAUUAGUGUACAUUUGACCAGCUAAUGGUUUAAGUUAGAAUGAUCAACUCCAUUGACAUAAGAGGUUCCAAAAAUCAUUUAUGCCAAUCACAGACCUGCACAAUGAUGAUACAGAAAUACAUAGCAAUACCGUUGAACUGAACCUAUGUCAUGGCCCCCUCACUUUCCACAUCAUGUAACUAAUGGUUUAUACAGAUGUUAAAAACAUUUCAGUUGUAACUUCUGUUAGUUACUCACUUAUCAAUGCGCAGAAUGCUGUUGAAGGUACCUAGCUGUCUGGAAAGUAACUGGAUGUUUAUGUGGAUGCAAAUUUUUGAAGAAUAUUGUUGGGCAAGAGGGUACUUAUCAAGAGACAGGAAGUAAGAUGUUCAAACGUGCAAAACAUUGUUUUUAUUGUGUAGUGAGAGAGGGAACUCUGUGGUUUUGCUAUGACCUGGAGUCUCUUGUAUUUUGUUUCAUGGAAUUCACGAAAUGAUUUUAGUUUCUUGACACAUGGCUUAUAAGUAUGGAAAUGGUACAUCUUCCCAAUCACCAGCUAUGUCAGUGAGUAAGCAGUCUGCAGCUGUUUGGACAUCAUUGUGUGCAGUAAGAGUUUAACAUUCUAUACCUGUUAAUUUAUUUGCAAUCUUUUCUUGCUGUCAAUAAUAAACAUUAUUUGUGCCUUCUUGUC